GCGCCCCAAACGCGUCCCACAAAGAAGCCAGCGUCUCCCACUCUCCUCCACCAUCCUCCGCAGUGUCUCAUCCUCCUCUAUUUAAGAUCAACAACCUCCCGUUUACAUCCAACCUGUUUUGGUCUACCUUCAAUUCUACAUUCACAACAUACAACCUAAAAUAAUCACUUGCUCAAGAUGUCGGUUGUGUCUCUCCUGGGCGUCAACGUCCUCAACAACCCAGCCAAGUUCGGCGACUCAUAUCAGUUCGAGAUCACCUUUGAGUGUUUGGAGCCUCUGCAGAAAGACCUCGAAUGGAAGUUGACCUACGUUGGAUCUGCUACCUCGGAUGAGCACGAUCAAGAGCUUGACUCCCUCCUCGUGGGCCCAAUACCCGUCGGUGUCAAUAAGUUCAUCUUCGAGGCCGACCCACCGGACACCAACAGAAUCCCAGACGCUGAAAUCCUCGGUGUCACCGUCAUCCUUCUCACGUGUGCCUACGACAAUCGGGAAUUCGUGCGAGUUGGCUACUAUGUCAACAAUGAGUAUGACUCCGAAGAGCUCAAUGCCGAUCCCCCAGCAAAACCGAUCCUCGAGAAGGUCCGAAGAAACGUGCUAGCAGAGAAGCCAAGAGUCACCCGGUUCGCUAUCAAAUGGGACUCCGAGGCUUCUGCUCCACCCGAAUUCCCACCUGAGCAGCCCGAAGCUGAUCUGACUGCGGAUGGAGACCAAUAUGGAGCUGAGGAGGCUGAGGAGGAGGAAGAGGAAAUUGAAGAGGGUGGCGAGGCCGCACCAGAUGCCAUGGUGCAAGAUGCUGAGAUGGCUGGCGCAGAGGGCGAAGGUGCCAUCGCCGCUGGCGAGGAGUCCGAUGACGGCAGCGAGGAUCUCGAAGCAGAUAGUAGCGGGAGCGAGGAGGAGGAGCUCGAGGAGGAAGAAGUCGAGGUUGAGGGCGAGGGUGAUGAUGCUAUGGAGGUCGAUGGUGUCGAAAAGCCCAAUGGUGUUGAGCACCACGUCGACGAAGUCAUGGCGCAUUAAUUUCCCGAUACCCCAUGGCAAUCCUACCUGUGUCUAGAUUUCAUUACUUGAGAGGAGUUUCGAUAAUGGUUUAUGGAAGCGCAGCAAUAGUUACAUGAGAAUAAAUGAUGAAUGAAAAGAGC